CAAAUACGAUGAUAUUUCCGUCACUUCUUCUUUGUAUUUUUGGUGUUUUUCUUGUAUUUGAUUACAAAGAAUAAUGGGAUUUGCAUCAUAUUCGUUUUUAAUUGUGUAUAUUGUGCUAAGUGUUUAGACAGUGUUAAAAUGACAUUAUUAUUUUUGGGGUUGCUUUUGUGUGGGGGCUUUGGCCUCGGGUCUCCUGGCGAUGCUGGUGGAAAGGAGAGCACAGAGUUGUCUCGUGCGCUAGACGACCGGCCUCUGUUGUUUGCCACGUUAGGAGGCGGCAUGGUGGCCGUCGAACCUGUAGCGGGCAAUAUUAUAUGGAAACUGAAAGACGAACCAGUAGUAAAAGUCCCCAACCAACAUGCAAACCUCAUGCCUCAGUUUCUACCGGACCCUCGCCAUGGGUUCCUAUACAUGUACGGUCCGCGAGGUGACCAGCAAAUGCUUAAGAAACUGCCUUUCACCAUACCAGAGCUGGUGGCAAACGCCCCCUGCCGGUCCACUGAGGGUAUACUUUAUACAGGAAAGAAAAGCGACACUUGGUUCAUGCUGGAUCCCUUGACUGGAUCUAGGGAACAUGUUUCAGGUUUCGACAAAUCGAAAAUAUUCAGCGAAAAUUCGAACACAUGUGAACCAGACAAAAAGAGGGGCAUUUAUGUUGCUAGAACUGAAUACAAUAUUCUGAUGCAUGAUUCCAAGAAUACAAACCAGAAAUGGAAUGUGACGUUUUUUGACUACACAUCCCAUGCAAUGGGGAAAGAAAUGCUCAAUGACUAUGGCAUAAUACACUUUGCAUCCACUUCAAGUGGUCGGCUGAUGUCUUUUGACCGCAAAACCGGGGACCUAGUCUGGUCUCACAACUUCGAGACGCCUGUGGUAGCGACCUAUCUGCUCGACAGAGAGGGCCUUAUCUCUGUCCCUUUCAACUCCAUCGGGGACGAUACGCUUGACCACAUCAUGGAAGACGCCACUACUCUGAGGGAUGGUCAAGGGAUUAAGAACUCUAAUAUUGAGCUAUAUCCUACGCUUUACGUAGGAGAGCACAACCAUGGGUUGUACGCUUUAUCGUCUUUAGUGGACAAGAAUACUAUAACAAUAUCGACGGGACACACGCAGCCUUUGCUCCUCGAAGGCCCAGCAACGGAAAGCGUGUCCAACGCGGAGAACAAAUACGAACCAUUCACGAAUGUGCAUUAUAAACUGAACGAUUUAAAUCUACACGUCGCAGCUCCAUACUUGUUGUUGGGACAUUACAAAGUUCCAGAGCUUACUACGUCGUGGUCUCCAAAACUGCCUAAUUUGAACCUUAUGAACGAACGCGAGUCGCAAACGAAUGGCAUCAAACUCAUCAAUGGCCAAGUGCACUCUACCACAGAUAAUGAUGUUGAGAAUGAAACCAAUUUGAAGUCAAGUUCGAUUUCGGUGUCAGUACAAACCGAGGAACUGUUCGAAGCUCUGAACUUCAGGCCAGAUAUAUGGUACAAGCAAAUGAAUUUGUGGCUCCGGCAGCAAGAGAAUACGGCUUUGAAGCUGGUGCUCAUUAUCCUCGUCGGGCUCGUCAUUAUGAUGUUUUGGUAUCUGCGCUAUCAGGCUCGAGAAUUUCAACAGCUCUCUCAAGGAGGUUCUCGCAGCUCGAAUGUGUCUACGUCAUCGAAUGGAGAGAUAACGGGAUAUUUAGAAGAAAUAGGUGAGGGUGAAGUCAGGAUAGGGAAGAUAAGCUUCCACACAGAUCAGGUGCUGGGCAAGGGCUGUGAAGGAACCUUUGUUUAUAGAGGAACAUUCGACAAAAGAGACGUGGCGGUCAAGCGUCUCCUGCCGGAGUGUUUCACGUUCGCCGACCGCGAGGUGGCGCUGUUGCGCGAGUCGGAUGCGCACGCGCACGUAGUGCGGUACUACUGCACUGAGCGGGAUAAGCAGUUCAGAUACAUUGCUUUGGAGCUCUGUUCCGCAACAUUGCAAGACUAUGUGGAGAAAAAACUGAACUUUGAGUGCCGAAUCGAUGCCGUUGAGGUGCUCAGGCAAGCCACUAUGGGACUGUCGCAUCUGCAUUCCAUGGAUAUAGUACACAGAGACAUAAAACCCCACAACGUGCUACUAUCGAUGCCGUCCGGCACCGGUGAAGUCCGAGCCAUGAUAUCCGACUUCGGUUUGUCCAAGAAGCUGAAUAUCGGCCGCGUGAGCUUUUCUCGGCGGUCCGGCGUUACCGGUACUGAUGGCUGGAUCGCGCCAGAGAUGAUCAACGGGGAAAGGACCACGACAUCCGUGGACAUCUUCUCGCUGGGCUGCGUGUUUUACUACGUGCUGUCGAGAGGGCAGCACCCGUUCGGUGACGUGCUGCGGCGGCAGGCCAAUAUACUUACUGGGGACUACAAUUUAGACUUAUUAGAUAAGUACUUGCCCGAAGAAGAAGUCCUCGUAACGAAGAUUCUAAUCCGCGCGAUGAUAUCUGCUCGGCCGAGCGCCCGCCCUCCGUGCGAGACUGUACUCAAGUAUCCAAUGUUCUGGGGCAAGCAGAGUAUACUGAACUUCUUGCAGGACGUAAGCGACCAAGUGGAAAGCUGUUCCAUCCCGUCCACGGAGCAUCCACUAGAGGCUGGUGCACGCGUGGUAGUGCGAGGUGACUGGCGCGCGCACGUGUGUUCAAGCGUCGCGGGUGACUUACGCGCGCGCCGCACGUAUCGCGGCGACCGCGCGGCGCACCUCAUCCGAGCCAUCAGGAACAAGAAACAUCACUUCAGAGAACUAGAAUCCGAGGUCCGUGAGAAGCUCGGCAAGAUCCCGGAUGGGUUCAUCACAUACUGGCUCCGUCGGUUCCCGCUUUUACUACCACACGUGUGGCUCCAAAUGCAACAGUUCCGCCACGAGGACAUUCUCCAGGCGUACUACCCUCAUGCCUUCACCUUCACCCGCGAAGACGUACCCGAACUAAACGAUGACCAAGAGUUUGAGCCCUACGAAGACACCAACGAACUGUUCGUCAAAAGCAAAGUCUACGUCGACGAGGACCAAGAAAAACCCAAGUACUACAGAAACAAAGAAUCACCCCGCAAGUCCGACUGGAGAGCGGAGGCGCGCGACUUCAAAACGAGACAGGACGACGUCAGACUGAGAGACAGGCACCAUUACAAAAAGAAAGAGAAAAAGAGAGAGGAGAUACCUGUCUGGACAUUGCCGUCGCAGUGAGUGAGUGCACAAAUUUUUAUGUGAUCAAACGUAUACUUAAUGUAACUUUGGUCUCUUAGAUUAAGGAGAUGGUUGUCCUAGUUUCGUCUGCUAGAGGCGUGAUUCGCCGAUACGGUAUGGUUUCCAUACCGAUAUUGAGGCUAGUGAGCUUUGUUACUUUGUUAAUAAGGAAUAACAAGAUUUGCCAUCUUAAAUUUUUGCCCCAACACAACAGUGAGAACUACUGAGUAUAUUAAGCAUAGUUCUAGGCCAAGGCCUUGUUUUUGGAGAUCUCUUUUAUCACAUGAAAUUAGAUAUUACCGUCCGCACAAAUAAUUAUACUUGCACACGAAACGUCAUGUAUUAUGGAGUGCAAUAAAUAUGAACAAUUGGAAUAGGAGCAA